AUGCGAGAAUUCCUCGAUGGCCUAACAGCCACAUGCGCCCAACCAGUCUUCCGCACAGCCUGUGCAGCAGGAGGAUACGAAGUCAUGUCACCCCGAGGAUCCCCCCUGAACAUCGGAGAUUCCUUCGCUCCAGUCCACCCCGUCGUUCGGACCAACCGUCAAACAGGCUGGAAGAGCAUUUUCGCUGGAGUUGGGCUGCACGUCACGCGGAUCAAUGGACUUUAUGAUUUUGAGGAGAAGAUGAUCAGGGAUUAUAUUUUGCGGUUGAUUACGGUUAAUCAUGAUUGUGUUGCUCGUAUGCAUUGGACGAAAGGUGCUGCGGCUAUUUGGAAUAAUUCGUGUGUUUGGCAUGCUGCUACCCCUGAUACACAUUUGGUACCUGGAGCGGUGCGAACUGGGAUUCGUGCUUCUUCUAUUGGGGAACAACCGUACCUCGACCCUGCAUCGACUUCUAGGAGGGAGGCUCUAGGAAUAUCCUGA